AUGUGGCAAAUACGAGCCUUUACGUUUUGUUUAAUAUUAAUAUUGAGCGAUUGGUGUGUAUUUGCCGAUGAGCACAAUCACAAAUAUAAUGACCGUGAAGAAGUAGUACUAUGGAUGAAUACGGUGGGACCAUAUCAUAACCGGCAAGAAACAUAUGCCUAUUUUUCCCUGCCAUUUUGUAGUGGUGCUAAACAAAGUAUAUCCCAUUAUCAUGAGACCCUUAGUGAGGCACUACAAGGCGUAGAAUUAGAAUUCAGUGGAUACGAAAUUGAUUUUAAAGUUGACGUCUCACCGACGGUAAUAUGUAUGAUCGAUCUAACAAUUGAUAAAGUUAAGGCUUUUACAUAUGCGGUUAAAAACCAAUACUGGUAUCAAAUGUAUAUCGAUGGCUUGCCUAUUUGGGGUGAAGUUGGUAAGAAGGAUGAACAUGAAGAAAAGUAUUAUAUUUUCACACACAAACGAUUUGAAAUUGGCUACAAUGGCAAACAAAUUGUUGAUGUAGUACUACACAACGAAAAAAGAGAGUUGUUAACACCGGGAGCGAAAAUUAAAUUUUCAUAUGAAGUCAACUGGAAACCUAACAGUGUUGAAUUUAAAAAUCGUUUUGACAAGUAUUUAGAUCCGAAAUUCUUUCAACAUAGGAUCCAUUGGUUUAGUAUCUUCAACAGUUUCAUGAUGGUUAUAUUUUUGGUUGGUUUGGUUUCUAUGAUACUGAUGCGUACGCUACGUAAGGACUACGCGCGUUAUAGUAAAGAUGAAGAAAUUGAUGAUAUGGAGCGAGAUUUGGGUGAUGAAUACGGAUGGAAACAGGUUCAUGGAGAUGUUUUCAGGACUCCCCCACAUGCCUUAGUAUUUUCCGCUAUGAUAGGAGCAGGUUCUCAGUUAAUUUCUGUGGUGCUUGGUGUUAUUCUCUUUGCAAUUGUUGGAGAAUUAUAUACUGAGCGUGGAUCCAUGCUAUCUACUGCCAUAUUUGUUUAUGCUGCAACGUCACCUGUCAAUGGUUACUUUGGCGGAUCCCUAUAUGCGCGACUAGGUGGCCGAAUGUGGAUACGUCAAAUGAUAGUGUCAGCAUUUAUGGUACCAGUAUUUGUUUGUGGUACUGUAUUCUUUAUUAAUUUUCUUGCUAUUGGAUAUCAUGCAUCGCGAGCUAUACCUUUCGGCACAAUGAUAGCUGUAACAUGUAUUUGUAUAUUCGUUGUUCUACCGCUAACACUUGCUGGAACUGUGGUAGGACGUAAUUUAGAUGGGCAGCCAGAUCAUCCUUGUCGGGUUAAUGCAGUACCUCGUCCCAUUCCGGAAAAGAAGUGGUUUAUGGAACCAACGAUUAUUAUUCUUCUUGGCGGAGUAUUACCCUUUGGGUCAAUUUUUAUUGAAAUGUACUUUAUUUUUACUUCAUUUUGGGCAUAUAAAAUCUAUUAUGUAUAUGGUUUCAUGCUGUUAGUAUUCACCAUAUUGAUGGUUGUAACGGUGUGUGUGACGAUUGUGUGCACUUACUUCCUUUUAAACGCAGAGGAUUACCGGUGGCAGUGGACAAGUUUUAUGUCAGCUGCAUCAACCUCAAUCUACGUAUACGCGUACUCGUUUUAUUAUUUCUUCUUUAAAACAAAGAUGUACGGUCUUUUUCAAACCGCUUUCUACUUUGGAUAUAUGGCAUUGUUUAGUGGCGCUCUAGGCAUCAUAUGCGGCACGGUGGGCUACUUAGGCACAAGCGUAUUUGUACGAAAAAUUUAUUCUAACGUCAAGAUAGACUAGAUUAUAUUUAUAAAAUUAAUCUUCUUUGGCCUUUUGGUCUACUGUAAUAAAUUAAACCCUACUUAUAAUAGUAAUUUGGUUCGAUUGAA